ACGGGCCGACUUUGCGAGCCUCCAGGGGGCGAACCCGACCGCCUUCUUUGCCCACGCAGCGCCUCGGCCGUCCAGCCUGUGACUUCACCAGCGUCCCCGGGCCAGCGGGGCACCCGAGAGCCCGGGGCGCCGCCCGUUCUCCCAGCCGGCAGGUGCCGGGAGCCAGCCUCGCCCAGCCGCGUGGCGUCCGCAGGCCCGAAGGGGUUAAGGCCGCGGACCCGGGCCCCCGUCCCGACUCCGGGAGCAGCGGUGCCCGGCGGCCGGCGAUCGAGCGGGAAGCUCGGGGCACGGCCGCUGGCGGGCUGCGCUUCCUCCUCCUCCUCCCUCCGCCUCCUCCUUUGUAGCGAGUUCCCGGCCCCUCUUCCUCCCCCCGCCCCCCAGCCCGGGCCCUCUCCCUCUCUCCCUUUCUUCCUGCCUCGCCUUCCUGCGGCGAAGGAGGCUCAUCUAUUAUAAAUGCACAUUCGGGGCUGACAUCAGCGACUAGCGGCGGGCGAGCGCCGACGAGCGGUCCCUGCGCGCUGCCCGCCCGGAGCGCAGCCCCUAGGCUCGGCCGAGCCGCCGGCUGGGCGCGGGGAGCGAGCUGGGAGCUGCCGGACCCCCUUCCCGCCGCCGCCCCGGGCCGCCGCCGCCGCCCCCGCACGCCGCGCCCGCGCCCCCGCUCCGCCGCGGAGUUUCUGCAUGACUGUCACAAAGAUGUCCUGGCGUCCGCAAUACCGUAGCUCCAAGUUCCGGAAUGUCUACGGGAAGGUGGCCAACCGGGAGCACUGCUUCGAUGGGAUCCCCAUCACCAAGAAUGUGCAUGACAACCACUUCUGUGCCGUCAACACCCGCUUCCUGGCCAUCGUCACCGAGAGCGCAGGGGGCGGCUCCUUCCUCGUCAUCCCCCUGGAGCAGACAGGCAGGAUUGAACCCAACUACCCCAAGGUCUGCGGCCACCAGGGCAAUGUGCUGGAUAUCAAAUGGAACCCCUUCAUCGACAACAUCAUUGCCUCGUGCUCAGAAGACACAUCGGUGCGGAUCUGGGAGAUCCCCGAGGGCGGGCUGAAGCGGAACAUGACGGAGGCACUCCUGGAGCUGCACGGGCACAGCCGGCGUGUGGGGCUGGUCGAGUGGCACCCCACCACCAACAACAUCCUGUUCAGCGCUGGCUACGACUACAAGGUCCUCAUCUGGAACCUGGAUGUGGGUGAGCCGGUGAAGAUGAUUGACUGCCACACGGACGUGAUCCUCUGCAUGUCCUUCAACACGGACGGCAGCCUGCUCACCACCACGUGCAAGGACAAGAAGCUGCGUGUGAUUGAGCCCCGCUCUGGCCGUGUUCUGCAGGAGGCCAACUGCAAAAACCACAGAGUGAACCGGGUGGUGUUCCUGGGGAACAUGAAGCGGCUCCUCACGACAGGGGUCUCCAGGUGGAACACAAGACAGAUUGCCCUCUGGGACCAGGAGGACCUCUCCAUGCCCCUGAUCGAAGAGGAAAUUGAUGGGCUCUCUGGCCUCCUGUUCCCCUUCUAUGAUGCUGACACCCACAUGCUCUACCUGGCUGGAAAGGGUGAUGGAAACAUCCGGUACUACGAGAUCAGCACUGAGAAGCCCUACCUGAGUUACCUCAUGGAGUUCCGCUCCCCAGCCCCGCAGAAAGGCCUAGGGGUCAUGCCCAAGCACGGGCUGGAUGUGUCAGCCUGCGAGGUGUUCCGCUUCUACAAGCUGGUGACUCUCAAGGGCCUGAUCGAGCCCAUCUCCAUGAUCGUGCCCCGGAGGUCAGAUUCCUACCAGGAAGACAUUUACCCAAUGACACCAGGCACGGAGCCAGCACUGACCCCGGAUGAAUGGCUGGGAGGCAUCAACCGAGAUCCCGUGCUGAUGUCUUUGAAAGAAGGCUAUAAGAAGUCCUCAAAAAUGGUAUUUAAGGCUCCCAUCAAAGAAAAGAAGAGUGUUGUGGUCAACGGAAUAGAUUUAUUAGAAAAUGUCCCACCCAGGACAGAGAAUGAGCUCCUUCGAAUGUUCUUCCGGCAGCAGGAUGAGAUUCGACGGUUGAAAGAGGAGCUGGCCCAGAAGGACAUCCGCAUUCGGCAGCUCCAGCUGGAACUGAAAAACUUGCGCAACAGCCCCAAGAACUGUUAGCUCCCCAGCUGGGCUGUUUUCUAAGCCGAUCUCUCCGUCGUUUCUACUCGUCCCUUAACUUCUCCCUUACCAGUGACCCCAGAGACAGAGCCAGGACAGGAGUGGGGGCCAGCCUGAGGACCCCCGCCUACCACCUCGAGAACUGGAAGCCAACCUCUAACCUCCUGAUCUCAUGCUAAUAAAAGUCCCCAGCUUCUGGAGACCCCCCGCUGGCAGCCCCUUUCCCUGCCACCCCAGGAGCCAGGCUUCCCCUCAGCUGGGUGAAGACUACAGACUCCCUGGGGUUGGCAGGGGCUCCGUCUCAGUGGACCAGGAAGCAAGGGGGGAAGCGGGAUCCCAGCUAGACUUAGAACUUGGACUUUUCCCCUGUGAAGGGGGCUGCCAGGACAUCUCAGCACUCCCGCCUGGAGCUCUCAGCAUCACUGAAGGUACCACAAUGUAAGUGCUGGACUGCAGGCUGCAGUGAUCCCUCUUUUGUCCCACCCCCUCUUCCCUCAGCAGCCCCGGAAGCCUGCCUCACCCGACGAGGACAGCGAGCGGCUCGGCUCCUUUCUGUCUCUUCCCUUCCCACCCUCUUGUCUUCAGGGAAUUCAGAGGAUUGCUCUCCAAGGCCAUAAUGACCCCUUGCCUUCCCCAUGAUUCUCUUCAAAGCUCUUGCACACCCUUUUCCCAUUCAAUUUGUGAGCCAGGCAGGGUAGGGAUUAGUGUCCCCAUUUGACAAAUGACAGAACUGAGGGUUGCAAUGGGGAAAUGACUUAUAAAGUCACCCAGCAGGUCAACAAUGGGCCCAGCACCAAGACCCUGGGUAUUCAGACCCCAAGGCCAGGGCCUUUCCCGCUGCAUCAAGAUGCCAGUCCCUUUGUGGGCUUCACCAGUGCCCAAGUCUCUAUGGAGAAUGAGAACUGGAAGCCACUGCUACCGUCUACCCAGCACCAGUAGUGCCGAUGUGCCACACUGCCCAGUUGAGGCCCCUCACGCUCUGUGCCCCUAGAUCCUUCAGGUCCCCACCCUCAGCUGUCACCACCACCCUCCCCAGGGGACUCCAUCUGAGAUGAGGCCUCGUCCUCCUGGAAGCUGAGGCUGAGAAGGGUGGAGCUUGGCCCUGGGGAAGGCAGACCAGGGUCUGAUGGCUUCUAGGGAUGCUCUGCGUGUGUCUCAGCACCGCUAUCUCAGCCACUUUCAGCCUUAUGCACGUAGAAUGACCACAGCCACUCGCAUCCGUAUAGCACUUUAAAGUUUCUGCAGUCCUUUGACACAUAGGAUCUCAUUGAGCCUCACGUCUACUCCCUUCUGCAGAUGAGGAAACCGAGAGAAGUGGCCCAAGGUCACGCAACUCUGAGAUGCCACAUUUCAUUUGAUCUUGUACACAUUUUCUUUUAUUCCUUCUUUUUUCCUCCUUUCAUUUCCCACUACGCACAAAGAGUUUAUAAACACUGUUCUCAGAAGAGUCACAGUUUGGGGUGAGAUCUGGAAAUCAAGAAAUGGGUGUCCACUCUUUUCUUUCAUUAGCUAGGAUCUACUAGAUGCAUUAUACUCCAUACCUGCUUUUCCCAUGGCCGCCCUACGGAAAAUCCCAUCCACAGAGGCCAGGGCUACCCAAGCCCCUCCAGGUGAGCUGGGCCUCUCCUCUACGAACCUCCAUCCUCCCAGCCAGCUACAGUAGGGCCUCCUCACCCCGUACCCGACAGCUAGACAGUGUCAGCACUCAUCUCCUCCUCCCAUAUUUCUGGAGCUUUUUUUUUUCUUCCCCAUUGACCUUUGUGGUCUUCUGUGAUUAUUUAUGCUGCCUCCCAAGGAUAGAAUUGAAAUAAAAUGUUUUCAACUUAUCAAA